GAUAAGCAGGCGUUGGUCUCCAUCUUCAUCCACCUCGCAGCGUUGAAUACUCGUAGAGAGGAAGAACAAUGGCACAAACGUUGGCAAUGCCUUUGGCGCCCUCGCUCUCCGUAAUCUGCAACGGAAGAAACCCUGUUUCUCUUUCUAACAACCUCUCCUUCCCGAUUGCAAGCACUCCUAAGGUUCGUGGCCUAAGCAUCAAAUGCGUUCGUGUUGGAGGCGUGGAGAUCCCAAACAACAAAAGGGUUGAAUACUCUCUGCAGUAUAUUCAUGGGAUUGGACGUACUAGAGCACGCCAAAUUCUUUGUGACCUCAGCAUGGAGAACAAAAUUACCAAGGACUUAUCUGAGGAAGAGCUCAUCAUAAUCCGUGGAGAAGUCUCCAAAUACAUGAUUGAAGGCGACUUGAGGCGGUUCAAUGCGCUGGCAAUAAGGAGAUUGAAGGAGAUUCAGUGCUAUAGAGGAAUGCGGCACAUUCAAGGGUUGCCAUGUAGAGGACAGCGGACUAAGAACAAUUGCCGGACCUUGAAGGGUAAGAAGGUUACCAUUGCUGGAAAGAAGAAGGCGCCCCGUUAGGCACAUAGGUUUGCUUAUUUACUGUAUUGAUGGAUUGUCAUCUGGCUUUUGUAUCUGAAUCAACUUCUGAUGCAAACUAAUUGCCUUGAGCUGAUCAUAUUCAGUUUCUGAAAUUGAAGAAUUGAUCUUUGGAAGUGCAUUUUCUGACA